AUGACCUCGAUUCCGUUAGUGACACCGGCGGCGGAUGAGACGUACGAGUACUGCGUAGUCGAAGUGCCGGCAGAAUUAGAGGCUCAUUUCGAAAAAGGAGAUACAUCCCUCCUGUUUAACGGCCGAUUGAGUGACGAAGCGACCCUGGUCACGCAAGAUGCGACCUACGCUGUGCGCCAAGUCUCACAAAGCAACAGUCUUCUUCUAUGUGCCCUUGAAGAUAAUCCACAGGCAGACGGUGUGCACUUGCGCAUGCGCCAGAAUGCUACGGACCUUCUCGAGUUAGUACGUACGACACCGCGUCUGGAUCGGCUGCCCUCGCUGUUUGAAGCCGAUGCAUACACAGGCCAAGCCACCGAGUCAGACGAAGCGCGGCACUAUACACCGGCGGAAGUCCGAUCCGUUGUACAGGCUAGCGAGUCUGAAUUGGAAGUGGGACUGCGCGAGCAUCAUAUUCUCGUGUUGGACGGCUAUCUACGCCGUGUGGCUCCAAGCUUCCUGCAGGAGAUAUUGCUAUCCCUUCUGGCUCAUUUGGAUAUUCUUGCAUGCGCACCCGACCGUGUCCCGUGGGAAGCGAUGUGCGACGCCUUGACGACACGAGCACAUCGCCACGUCGUCGAAGCGGUGCUCGGCGACUGGUUUUGUGCUGCGCCUUUGUCCAUGCCACGACCCACCCAUAUACCAUUAGCACGUGCAGACAUUGUGCAAUUUUUGGGCUUACAAUUGCUACAGUCCCAUAAGCGUAUGCCACUCCUCGAUUUCAUAGCCGCAUGGAAAAGCCAUGUGGGCACCCUGGCAGCUGAUGUGCAUCUCUCUUUGCUCCAAGGACACUAUCUUUUGUACCCACCUCCGGCUACCAUGGCCACAGUAAGUACACAUGCAGCCGUUUCGGCAGAGCCGCAAGCACAUACCCUAGCUGCGCCCAUUGCCAUCCAAUCGUUUUCGCAUACGUCUUUGCCACUGAUGCCAGCCCAGCGAUGCCAGGAAUUAUUCACGAUGCGUGAACAAUGGGUGCGUGAAGAGAUUACACCGUUUUUGGCGCCGAUUGCAUCUCGAGGUAAUGCCACGGUAGAGAGCAUGUUGCUCAAGUAUGGGCGAGGCGUCCGUGCGAAAUGGAGCAAAAUGCAUACGCAAGUCUUGCUGCAUGGCGCAUUGGACCAAGACCCUACGCGAGGCACAGACGAGUGCAUGUUAUACCAGGCCCGUGUCAAGUACACUUAG